AUGGCAGAUCACACAGCCCAAGCAGCAUGUUCAAUGGUCAUUGGUCCCCAUGAUCCCAGUCCUGAUCGCAUUCGGUAUUUGAAAAGCAAGAUGGAGAUGGACUCAGGACCGAACAAGGCUACCCGGUUUUCGUUACAUGUCCCCUGGAAAGGCGGCAGAUGUUCCGACGAAUUGGUCUGGGUUAGAGACGGAGAGGCCAAGAGACGCUAUACACUUAAUCCACUCAUCUAUGGGGUUGAUCAGAAAACGCUCAUCAUCUUCGUGGCAUCAAAAUACCCCCCUGGACAUGCCAUGGGCAUUGCCUUCACAUUCCAGGCUAGGACGUGGGAAGAAGGGUGGACCAGAGUUCUAAUCAUAUCACCAAGCAGCCAGCUGGUAAACAAGGUGACCGACCGAUCUUUCAACGGCUACAGAAAUAAGCCGCCGGAGUCUCAAGACUAUCUCUGGGCUUGCCAAAGGUUUAGCAAUUUGCUAAGCAGGUCGUCUGCUCAGAUGUUUUUGGCUCCUGUAUGGUACUUCGCAGACAACGCUGUGAGCCCAGUGGGCACGUAUCAGGGAGCAGGGGCGUCGAGUCAGGUACAUACUCGCGGGGAAGACAGGGUUGCGCCAGACAAUGUUACAGAUGGCAAUAUUAUUCUCGGCUUUCAGUGGAAGUCUGAAACCCGCCCUAUCAACACAACAGCCGGGUGUUCAAGCACGGAAGGGUCGCAGAGGACAACUAGAGGCGAGUCUCGGACUAUCGCUCCGGACAAUCACCUAUCCCCUGCCAAUGAUGCCGGCGAAGGCGCUGGCCAUCCUCAGGACGGCGAUGAGACUGCCACAAUCGGCCACCCUGCGACGCUGCGUGGCGAUAUCGGUCAUGCUUCGGAGACACCCAUGGGUGGCGAGCUCUCCAGCAUAAAGGCUUGGUCUGCCAUGCUCGAAUCUCAGCAAUCACCAGGUGUUAUUACCAGGGAUGACAUGCAAACUCCUAUAAGCAACGAAUCCCCAAGUGUAGAGACUUCCAUUUCGUCAGUCACGCUUGAAUCUCAACAGUCACCAAGUGUUACUGUCAGGGAUGGCAUGGAUACUCCUAUAAGCAACGAACCCUCCAGCAUAGAUACUCCGUCCGUCACGCUCGAAUCUCAGCAGUCGCCUCGUGGGAGUGGCAGUGACGACAUGGACAUUUCCACAGAAAGCGAUUCCUGCGGCGCACAGGCUUCACCCACCGAACUCCCGUCUCAGUCGCCACUUGGUAGGGUUGUCGGUGACGACUCGGGAGCCUCCUCCCGCAGCAACAGCUCACAGCCUUUCCUCGCGACACCAGAAGCGCCUCAUCCUCCGGGUCCUGAUGUGGAUAGCGGGUUCCUGACCAACAUCCCAUACUCUCCGCUUCCCUACGAUAAUCCAUACUGGCAAGAGCAGCAAGCUCCACCCACGGCCCAUAGCUCUGGCGACGCGGGGAGCGAUGCCGGCGCUUCAGGGGCCACCGAUCAACCCUCAGACAACGGAUUAGCGUCAUUAUUGUUUGAUUUCGACGCAGCGAGCUAUACUUAA